GGCGGCGCUGAGGAAAGCGGUUGCCGCCAUGAUAGAGCAGCAAAAGCGCAAAGGCCCGGAGUUGCCACUGGUCCCAGUAAAGCGGCAGCGGCAUGAGUUGCUGUUGGGAGCGGCGGGGUCGGGCCCCGGAGCUGGGCAGCAGCAGACGGCGCCGGGCGCUUUGCUGCAAGCGGGACCUCCAAGGUGUUCCUCCCUUCAAGCCCCAAUCAUGCUGCUCUCAGGACAUGAAGGGGAAGUGUACUGCUGCAAGUUUCACCCCAAUGGAUCCACCCUAGCAUCUGCAGGAUUUGAUCGACUGAUACUGUUGUGGAAUGUCUAUGGUGACUGUGAUAACUAUGCUACAUUGAAGGGACACAGUGGGGCAGUGAUGGAGCUGCAUUAUAACACUGAUGGCGGUAUGCUCUUCUCCGCAUCCACAGAUAAAACUGUGGCAGUGUGGGAUAGUGAAACAGGCGAGAGGGUUAAAAGGCUGAAAGGACACACUUCCUUUGUGAAUUCCUGUUAUCCGGCCAGGAGGGGCCCCCAGCUUGUCUGCACUGGCAGCGAUGACGGGACAGUUAAGCUGUGGGACAUCCGGAAGAAAGCAGCCAUCCAGACAUUUCAGAACACCUACCAGGUGUUAGCUGUGACCUUCAAUGAUACAAGUGAUCAGAUUAUUUCUGGUGGAAUAGACAACGAUAUCAAGGUCUGGGACUUGCGCCAAAACAAGCUAACCUACACCAUGAGAGGCCAUGCAGAUUCAGUGACUGGCCUGAGUUUAAGUUCUGAAGGCUCUUAUCUCUUGUCCAAUGCAAUGGACAAUACAGUGCGGGUCUGGGAUGUCCGGCCAUUUGCUCCUAAAGAGAGGUGUGUGAAGAUAUUUCAAGGAAAUGUGCACAACUUUGAGAAGAAUCUUCUGAGAUGCUCUUGGUCACCUGAUGGAAGCAAGAUAGCAGCUGGUUCAGCUGACAGGUUCGUGUAUGUGUGGGAUACCACAAGCCGGAGGAUUUUGUAUAAGCUGCCUGGACAUGCUGGCUCCAUCAAUGAAGUGGCUUUCCACCCCGAUGAGCCCAUCAUUCUCUCAGCAUCCAGCGACAAGAGACUGUAUAUGGGGGAGAUUCAGUGAAGACACGGAAUGGAAGACCCACUGGCUGCUUGACCCUGAGACCUCAGGUGGCAUAAGUGGCAUCCAGUGGUGCCCAGGCCAGCAGCCUCCCUCAGAUGAAGAUCAUUCCUAGCAAGCAAGGAGGAGGUGGCCAUAUUCCAGCAACCACUGGUAUCCUAUUCCACCCGGAUGAUUAAGGCAAGCUGACAAUAGCCUCUAAAAACCACCGGCCAGAUUUCAGGGACUGUUUGGGUUUUUUCCUCUAUUUUUUUUUUUUUUAAGGAAGAUUUCUUCAAAGAGACAGACAUGGAUUGGUUUGUAGUUUCCUGUUUCCUAAUCCAGGCCAAAAACAGGGAAUGUGACUGAAAUAUGUUUGUUGGGGAUUUUUUUUUUUUAAUUCAAUAACUGGCUUGUAUAUUUUUCUUUCUGUGUUUCUCUGAGUCAUUUUGUAUUAAAAACCAAGUAGAUGCCUUUUUACAAGAGCCAUGUGGAUUGGAUUUAUUGCUGUCUUUUCUUUGAAGCUUGAUCGUUGUAAAUCUGAGCUGGGCAUGAUGGGGCCAGGGGGAUACAAUCCAUUUAAACUCCCAAGAUGC